CCAAUGACAAAAUUACUUUUUACCUAUUAAACGUGUUACACUCUAAUGUUUUCAAAUAAUUUAUAAAUCUGUUUACUACAAAAAUGUUAAAGGUUUUUAUCAAUCAAUAUGUUCAGGCCAAACGUGUUUUAUUUCUAUAAAUCAUUUGAUUAUUUCAUCUUUUUGACUUAUACUGAGAGACAUAUAUAACACUUCAGAUAAAAGCUUUUAAAAAAUGGCAUUUUUUUUUAUUAAAAGCAUCUAAUAAUUUCAACUAAAAACCAACUUUGAAGUUUUCUGAGAUUUUUUUAAAUUCGAUUAAAUAAACGAGUUUAAUGAGAUUCCAGAAUGGCUCAACAGGCGACCUAACUUGAUAAUUUUGAUUGUACUUGAAACACUAAACACGUUUUAUUUUAUAUGGUUACAAUAUUAUAAAGAAAUUUGAUAGAUGAUUGAAAAAAGUGGUAGGAGAAGUUGAGUGAAAGAAAAUCAUAUUAAUAACAAGUCAACAGCUAGUCAGUAGUUUACUGGUAACCUUUUUUUUCUAUCGAUUAAGGAUGUAUAUAAAUAUAUUGAAGAUAUUUCUUGGUAUCUCAUUAAGAAUAAGAUCAGUCAACAACGUCUUCAUUAUGUUGAUUUUAUGUACAAUAGUAUGUGUUGUAGUUUCUAUGCCUGCUACAGGUUUACCACUGGUCGAUCCAGGCUUGUUUGUCAUAUCUGGAGUCAAAACAUGUGGAAACAACACCGGUUAUUGUCUUUUGGGACCCGACUGUACAACAGACGAUGAUUUUUUACCAGAUCCCAUCGGACACUGCGAUGGACUUAAACGUGCGUUUACUCCGAGUGCACCUUUUUCUUGCUGUAAAUAUAAUAAUAGAACCAAUACACCUGCAAAUAUCCCCGGAAACAAUCUGAGCACAAUUCCUUUCACUGAACUUAAAAAUAGAAAAAUGUUGAAAAAUGCAUGGGGACAAGUAGAUCCUACACAAUCUAAUACUGAUCAAUUAGAAAAGUUACAUGAUAUAGAAAAUGCUGUGAAAAAAAUAAUAGAGCAAUUUAUUAGCGAAACUGCUAAACAUAUUAAGCCGGUAGACAUUACUGUGCAUAAUGACUUUGAUACAGAAAAACCUUCAGAUGAAAACUUAGCUCGAACUGAAAAUCCAGUGAAUGACGAAAUAAACACACAAGAUACUGUUAAAAUUGAUGCGCCCAAAACAGAAGAAAUUACUACUGAAGAAAAUAAUAUAGAAAUUACACCAAUCGAAGAAAGUAAAAAAGAAANGACCAAUACACCUGCAAAUAUCGCCGGAAACAAUCUGAGCACAAUUCCUUUCACUGAACUUAAAAAUAGAAAAAUGUUGAAAAAUGCAUGGGGACAAGUAGAUCCUACACAAUCUAAUACUGAUCAAUUAGAAAAGUUACAUGAUAUAGAAAAUGCUGUGAAAAAAAUAAUAGAGCAAUUUAUUAGCGAAACUGCUAAACAUAUUAAGCCGGUAGACAUUACUGUGCAUAAUGACUUUGAUACAGAAAAACCUUCAGAUGAAAACUUUGCUCGAACUGAAAAUCCAGUGAAUGACGAAAUAAACACACAAGAUACUGUUAUAAUUGAUGCGCCCAAAACAGAAGAAAUUACUACUGAAGAAAAUAAUAUAGAAAUUACACCAAUCGAAGAAAGUAAAAAAGAAAUAAAGCCUAUCGAAGAAAGUGAAAAAGAAAUUGAAUUGAAAACUGAGAAUUCAGACGAGCCACAAUCAGUGGAGUUGGAAGACGAAGUUGAAAUCAAAUCAGAAAAAAUUGAUUGCCAAAAAGCAUGUAAGAGCGAAGUAACAUUUAUUGAAAAUAAAAAGCCAAUAUGCUACGGAUCACUUAUCGAUGAUAUAUGGAUACUUACAUCAGCUACUUGUGCUUCCAGAUUACAUAAAAUUGGUUUGAGAAAAGUCUUGGUUAGCCGUAAAACGUUGAAUGGAAUUCAAGGUCUCGGUAUUUCAAACAUUUUAGUGCACGAAGAUUUUAAGUCUCCGGCAUUAAAAAAUGCACCCGAUCAUAAUGAUUUAGCUCUUGUCAGUUUGUCAGAACCCCUUUUUGAUGAGGUUUGUCAUACGUGUAUUCAAACUAAUAAUGUUACAAAUCAAGUGUGUAAGAAUUUUCAAGGAUCAAUAACCAAAAAUACCGUAAAAAAUGUAGAAAAUUGUGAGGAUAGACUUUCGUCACGAAAUUUUAUUAAAAGUUCCUAUUACAUUUUACCAUGCAACCGUUGGAGGAUGCAAUAUAAUAAAGAAGGUCGACUUGGAAGUGGGUUAUGGUGUGAUGAUAGACUGGCUGGAAUCCAAACAGGCGUUGGUGUAGGGUCACUGAUUUAUACCCCUGUAAAUGAACACGCAGUAUGGAUAUCUGAUAACAAGAGGAUUGAUGAUAGAAGGUGAAUUGAAAAUGUCAACCACACGAUCAUCGCUGUAUAACAAAAGACUGUGCUGUUAUUAGAACGUCAAUAUAUAUAUUUAUAUUUUUUAUUUAUUGUACCUGUAUAAGUUGAUAGGAUUAAUUUUUAUGUUAGAUAAUUUAAUGUUAAUUUAUUUAUAAUUUUACGUAUUUUGUUACACUUAAUAAAUUAGUUCUUUAAGCUUAUAAGUUACUCGAACUCUUUUUGUCAAUGUAUUUAGUGUAUUAGGUAACAAAUCCAAAACAUUAUUGUCGGUAACCAGAAAAAAUUCCAGAACUAAUUAACUAUAGAUUAUUGUUUGAAAAGGGCAGCUAACACAGCCAAGUGAUUGUGUUCUUAUAUAUUUUCGAAUACAAGUUUACAAGACGG